AAAGUUACGGUUAUCAAACUAUGUAAUACACAUGUGCGGAGGUGAACUGUGCAGCCGCACCUAUGGCUGAGAAGAGCGGGGCCCACUGGUUCAUCAUCGAACAACAAUGCCGACACUCUAGGAUGUUCAUCAGCUGGUGAUGAAAUUCGGGGAUCAGGUUAGGAGUCGCGCUAUUUAAGAGUUAGCAUUAGUCAUAAGCAACACCCGAUGGAAAAGACAGCAAUUGGUGUCCAGGUAUUUGAUACCCUCGGCGAUGGGUAGUCCAGACAGCUGUGUUUAUAACGUCGUCACAUGGGGUUCGCACCUCGGUGAGCGCCAUGGUAACGAUUCGACUAUAUUACACGAUGUUGAGGCCGUUCUCAUGCUGCUGACUCUAGGUCAGAGAACAACAGCAAUGAGCGCAUCGCAUCACAAAGGGUGGAAGUGGGAGGGGGGCAGUAAUAUAGGUAGAAGCAAACAAGCUGGAGGACGCGAUGCUCGAGACGCCGUUGGUGCAUGGAGUUGAUAUUCAUUCGAGAGCAUGGAAAAGGUGGGACAAGCCAGAUGACACGAUGGAUGAGAUGGUCUGAAAUAUG